AUGGCGUAUGGCGAUUUCUUCAUAGAAAGCUAUAAGCAGAGAUUGAUUUCAUUAUUGGAUUACUAUUUUAUUUUGGGUGAUUCCAAUUAUCAGCCGACAGAACGACAUAGGUUGAUUCCAGAUAAAAUGAUACAUAGAGCAUAUUCGGAUUUCUUUGAUGUGAUUAAUUCAGAUUAUGAGGAAUAUAGCGUGGAAGAAAAGCGAUGUGCAUUAAAAAAUGAUAUGCGCUAUUGGGAUAAAUGGAUGGCUGAACGUAGAAAAGUAUCAGCACAAUUACCGAUGCCAUUCAAAAAAGUUUAUGACAAUUGUACGAAUAAUCUCAAACGGAGAAAAUUGAUUCAAAUAAAGA